UCACCUUCUUUCUCAAACUAUCAAUCAUCGCUUAUCCUUCCUUGAUCCUGCAAGUUUACGCUCUCUCGCUUUAAAGACUAAAACCUUUAGUUUUUUGUUGAUCAAGAUCACGCUGCUAACGCAAAACAAAAGGAUGAAUCUUGUCGAUUUUAUUUGCAAAGCUCUUUAUGUUUCAAGCGCACGUGCCUAGCUCAAUAGAUAGUAGAGAAUUGGAACCAAGCCAAGGGGGAUGGGGUUCGAGGAGGGGUGCGGUGAAGAAAGGGAAUGUGGAUUUGGUCAUGGUAAAUGAGGAGAAGGGCGCGUUUGGGUUGCCGAAUUUGAUGAAGGUGGCUGCAAAGGUUUUAGGAAAUAAAGGGUUGGGAUUGGCGUAUAAUGCAACCAUGGCGAGUAGGUCGUCGGUGGUGGUGAAGGGAGCGAGAGCCAUCAAUCAGAGAGCAAGAGAUUAUUUUGAUGCCAAGAUGAGAGGUUUUGGGAGAAUUAGACAUGCCAACAUCUUAACCAUUUUGACUCAUCAUUUUCACAAAGAGAAGAAGCUCAUCAUCUCCAAAUACAUGCCUCAAGGCAGCUUGUUGUAUGUUCUGCAUGCAUUGUAGCUUACAGAGGGCAAAAAUGCAAGCUAUGCGCCAACUGUAUGCAGCUAAAAAUUCUCUUAUAUAUGCAUUGGUGACACGUAAUCUUCUUUAUACGUGGAAUAGUACCCAUGACUGCGGGAACUUGGACAGCUGGAGCAAGAUCUUGUUUUUGGAGAUGAAAAGUGUGAUCAUGUGAAGAAUUAGAAGAAAAUUCU